CAAUCACCACUUCUCUCAGUUUCCCUCAGCUUUCUCGUUUUACUAACAAUGCUGCUCAAGUCGUCUGCUUCGUUCUCUCUCUCCUCCUCCGCUUCGUUCAUUGGUGAUCGUAAGAACGCGUAUUCUUCAACUGUUCUACAAUUUCCAUGGAGGAAUGAGAAUGUUUUUGGCGGCAAGUUUGUGAUUAAGGCUUCCAAGGAGUCCGGUAAGGCAUCAACUUUAGGCGCUUGGUUCGAUCCAUUCGAGGAAGUGAAGAAGGAGCGUCUUGUCGUCCCGACUUGUCCUCAAGAUUCUCUCGCUCGUCUGAAGUUCUCCAGUCCAUGUGAAACAGCCAUCAAUGAACAGAUCAAUGUGGAAUACAAUGUCUCCUAUGCCUAUCAUACUCUGUAUGCCUAUUUUGAUAGAGAUAAUAUUGCUCUCAAGGGCCUUGCCAAAUUUUGCAAGGAAUCAAGUACAGAAGAAAGAGAGCAUGCUGAGAAACUGAUGGAAUACCAGAAUAAACGUGGAGGAAAAGUGAAGUUACGGGUCAUAGUGAGGCCACCGUCAGAAUUCGAUAAUGAUGAAAAGGGAGAUGCAUUGCAUGCAAUGGAGCUAGCAUUGGCUCUGGAAAAGUUAACUACUCAGAAACUUCUGGACUUGCACAAAGUUGCUGUUGAAAAUGAUGACCCUCAUUUGGUGGAUUUCAUCGAAAGUGAGUUCUUGACCGAGCAGGUGGAAUCUAUCAAGAAAGUAGCAGAAUAUGUUGCUCAGUUGAGAAGGUUGGGCAAAGGAUAUGGAGUCUGGCACUUCGAUCAGAUGCUCCUCAAUCAUGGGGUUGCUGCAUGAUGAAGAAUCACAGCAUUAGGUCUGUCUUGGUUAGGGUCGAAAUGCAGGCUAAGCUGGAUUUGGUUAGGCCGUUUGUUUUGGAGUAGUUCUUAUGGGCGAUGAAGAAUUUGGUGGUUCUUUCUGGAAUGGGUUUUUCUUUUGCAUGAUGAAAUAUUACAAUACCUAUUCCCCCUCUUUGUUGACAUUGAAACGCAGCCUUUUUCUUUGGUGGUUGUUCUGGGAUAAUUGUUUCCUUUCUACAAGGUUUCAUUGCUUUAACUGAAUUGGGUGGUGAUGACAUUUUUUAACUUGAAGAAAUUAUGGUAGUAUUUUCUUGUUA